AUGUCUUCCAGAGAAUCCACUGAAGAAUCUAUUCAAUCAGUUAAUAAAGAGUUAGGUCCAUCCUCUGGCAAUGACUCUCUUGAUUCAUUACCUCGUAAAACAGUUACUUACUCAGGUGACAAUAAUGAAUUCGUUAUCAUCGACAACAAGAAAUAUCACAGACAUGAAUUAAUGCAAGCUUUUGGUGGUACUUUCAAUCCAGGGUUAGCUCCACCACCAACUCGUUCAUUUGGUAAUCCAGCUGUUCUUGGUUUAGCCGGUUUCUCAUUACCAACUUUUAUUCUUGGUCUUUUUAAUGCUCAAGUAAAAGGUAUUGAAAUUCCAAAUCUUAUUAUCUCAUUAUGUUUCUUCUAUGGUGGUGUUACUCAAGCUCUUGCUGGUGUUUGGGAAAUGUUUAUUGGUAAUACUUUUGCUGCAACUACCUUUUUAAGUUAUAGUGGUUUCUGGUUUUCUUAUGGUGCUAUUUUAACUCCUGCUUUUGGUAUCUUAGAUGCUUAUGCUGCAGCUCCUGAACAAACUUAUCAAGCUAUUGGUUUAUAUCUUUUAGGUUGGACUGUUUUAACUUUUAUGUUCUUCUUAUUAACUUUAAAAUCAACUGUUGCAUUCAUAGGUUUAUUCAUUACUUUAUUACUUUCUUUCCUGCUUUCAACUGCUGGUUAUUUAACUGGUAAUUUUUACUUAGUGAAAGUUAGUGGUGGUUUUUCAAUUGCCUGUUCUAUCUUUGGUUGGUAUCUUGCUUGGGCUGGUGCAGUCAAUCCUCAAAACAGUUAUUUCACUUAUUAUGCUUUACAAAUUCCUACCGUAUCUUUUGGAGGUAAAAAGAAUAAAGCUUAA